AUGCUGAGGAUUCUUUGCCUAGUCUCUUGUGCACUGUUAAUACCCUCAAGGGCUGAUCCAGGGGCCCUUAUGAAGCUGGGAAUGGAGUUCAUGAACAAAGCUGUGAAGGAUGCCAUGGAUGAGAGCCAGAUAUUGGAAAAAAUGGCAGCCAUGGCUGGCCAGAAAAACUCUGGGGUCAAACCGAUUAAGGGCAUGACAGGGAUGAAGGUGAAAGAUGUCCGGCCUCCCAUCAUCACAUUGGACUUUCUUCCAGAGGUGGGGAUUUUCCAGUGUGUGUCAACUCAGAUCACCAUCACAGGGAAGAGCUUUAUAGGUGGGACAAUGGAAAUCACUGUAGUCGUGAACAUUACGGCCACCAACCGUCUGUCACAGGAUGAGGCAACAGGGCUGCCUGUAUUCCACAGUGAAGGAUGUCAGAUCAUUUUGGUCAGCGUCAAAACCAACCUGCCCAGCAACAUGCUUCCUAAAGUGGUCAAUAAGUUCCUGGACAGCACACUCCAGAAGGUUCUCCCUGGCUUGAUGUGUCCUGCAAUUGAUACUGUCCUGGAGUUUGUGAACCACAAGUGGACUCACCUCAUGGAUCCCAGACCUGUGGGUGAAGCUGGAAGCAUCAAGUAUAUUCUUUCGGGCACCCCAACCACCACAGCAAAGUACAUAGAAGUGGAUUUCAAUCCUGUAGUCCAGAGAGAGGAUGGUGAUACCAUUGAUCUACCUGAAGAUGGAGCUGCCAUCACAGGCUUGGAAGAUUAUCCAGAUGGUUCAUCCCAGUUAGUGCUCUCAGCAGCAUUCUUUGCUGCCGAGUUCACCCUUUUACAGAAAUCUUUUGAUGUGGACAUCAAAGGCAAAACUAUUGGCAAGCUCCCUCCACAAACAACCAAAACAGUGGCUCGCUUUGUGCCUCGGGUUGGUAAGGCCUAUCGCAAACCAGUGCCUUUGAUGACCCAAAUCAGAAUCAAUAAGCCCCCCAAAGUCAGCAUGAAACCAGACAAGAGCCAGCUGCACCUCCAUGGCACAAUAGAGAUGCUUGCUGUUUCUCCCAAGUCAGGUCCCUCCUCCAUGUUUGUCCUAGAAACUCACUUAAGCUUGGAUAUUCAGUAUUCAUUGAGUGAAGACAAAGUGCAAAUGGUCACAUCCAUGGACAAAUUGCUGGAUCUUUCUGUGGCGUCUUCUUCCAUUGGAUCUUUUAAGGUGAAAAAGCUGAAAGCAUUUUUAACUAGUUUACUCCAAGAGGCUUAUGUACCCAUCAUCAAUGGUGCACUUGAAGUUGGGUUCCCUCUUCCAGAUUUCUUGGACAUGAAGUAUGGUCAAUCAGAGUUGGCCAUUGCAGAGAAUGCCCUGGUAGUGGACCUGCGGAAACCCUAG